AUGGAUCAUGCGUUACUGGUAUGUCGAAUCCAUUAUUCGGAUGAUCAAAUCGGUGAAUUAGCAGACGUUUCGAUCGAAGAUUACAUGCUGAGUGUUUGGUCGGGUGAUGAACGUUUACUAGCAAUCAUACAACAACAAAAUAAGAAUAAUUUGGUUGAAUUGGUCGGGCUGGAUGAUACUCGUAAUGCAGUUAUUAACAUUCAAUUAAAAAGUCCACCACACUGUGUCGAUCCUGACUCGAAUUCGAUUGCGAGUCGCGAAAUGUUGGUACAUUUGCAAUUCGAUAACGGUAAAACAACAACAAAAAAUAUCAUACAUUCAGGUGAAACAAACAGUACACGAACGACAAGUAUGGAUUCAAGUGGCUGGCAUUUAGAGAUUAUAAUUGGAGUAUUGAUAUUAAUUGGAGCAGUAAUUGUUGCGUUACAUGCAUUCGGUUAUCGUGCGCGAAGACCGUUGAGUCAAGGAUAUGAG